AGUCAAGUGAGGAUCAAAGGAGUUCCACCUUUUACAAAUUGCGCAGUCAGGCUCGUGGACUCGCACAGAGCGAGCAGUCGCGCAUCCCUGGAGAGGCAGAGUCUUGAGACCGAGUAUCCGUGAGACCGAGGAGCCGUGAGACCGAGGAGCCGUGAGACAGAGCCGCGAGACAGAGCCGUGAGACACAGCCGUGAGACAGAGCCGUGAGACAGAGCGAGUCGUGAGACACAGCCGUGAGACAGAGUCGUGAGACAGAGCGAGUCGUGAGACAGAGCCGUGAGACAGAGCCGUGAGACAGAGCGAGUCGUGAGACAGAUCGAGCCGUGAGACAGAGCGAGUCGUGAGACAAUGUUUGAGACGGGAGAACUCAUGCCGUUCCACCGGCCGCUGCCCCUGGCGCCAAUGACCGCUGGUCCCUGCCCGGGGAUGUGCAGGCAACAGCAUCAUCAUCAUCAGCAGCAGCAUCAUCAGCAGCCGCAGCAUCAUCAUCAUCAGCACGUGGGAGACGGAGCAGCCUUCUCCAGAGACUGGGCUGCCCCCCGCCACGCUCCGCCCUCCCUGCCGCUCAGCUGCCUGCAGGCCACGGCCGGUUCGACUCCCUUCCCGGGCUCUGCACAGAGCGGCGUGGCCGCCACGCUGGACAACGCGGAGCUGUGGAGGAAGUUCCACGCCAUCGGCACGGAGAUGAUCAUCACCAAGAGCGGCAGACGCUCGUUCCCCCCGUGCAAGCUGCGUUUCUCCGGCCUGGACCCCAACGCCAACUACUUCAUGCUGAUGGAGCUGGUGCCGGCCGACGAGGUGAAGUACAAGUGGCGUGAGGCGGAGGGGCGCUGGGAGGCGAGCGGUCCAGCCGAGCUCAGCAUGCCCAGCCGCCUCUACGUGCACCCUAGCUCGCCGAGCAGCGGCGCUCAGUGGAUGCGCCAGCCCGUGUCCUUCCACAAGGCGAAGCUCACCAACAAUGCGCUCAGCAAGAGCGGACACCUGAUCCUGCACUCGAUGCACAAGUACCAGCCCUGCUUCUACGUGGUCCGCGACACGGACUGGCGCGGCGUGGCGGCGGCACACAGCCCGCUCACCUUCAGCUUCCCCGACACCACGUUCAUCGCCGUCACCGCCUACCAGAACAGCUUGAUCACGAAGUUAAAAAUCGCCACCAACCCCUUCGCCAAGGGCUUCAGGGAGGACGGACUCAACCACGAGAGAAUUCGGAAGCUGAGAUCAAGAAAUGCGACCAAGCGGCCCCUGGGCAAGGACGAGGGCGCAGAGGAGGCAUCAGACGCCAAGCAGCUUCGCUCCGACGGCUACGGUGGCGGUGACGCCGACACCGGCGGGGAGGCGGAGCUGUACCGGGGGGGCUCCCAGACCAACCCCAUCCACGCGUUCGGCAGCGGCACGGCCGGCGAGCAGCACCACCGGCUGCUGUCCAGCGCCCACCACAUGAGUCCCCUGGAGGACCAGGUCGCGCCGUGCUCCAGCGCGUUUCCCGAGCAGCUGGGCGGGGACUUCAUCUCUCCCUCCUCGUUGCCCGGGCCACCGUUCCCUCCCGCGCUGCCCGCCUGUCCGGCUUCCCUCCCUACCUCGUCCACCGUCUUCGCCGGCGCCGUGACCGGGGGCUCCUGGCUCGAGUGUCCCACCGCCGGAGCAGCGGCGCCCAUGGAGAGCCUGGCGGGAGACCACGGGCCAAGCCCCGCGAGCCACGCCUGCAGCUCGCCCGACGAUCAUCCCUUCAGCAGCCACAGCUCCUCCAGCGGUCACUCGUACUCCAGCCACACGAGCGUCUCUCCCGCCGGCGAAGGCGGCUGUCGCGCCGACAGCGACAACCACGGCGCCGCGCAUAGCCAGAGCACCCAGAGUCAGACCUCCCCCGUAGCCCUUGGCAGCCAAGCCCCGGGGUUCCAGCCCGGCGCCCCGCUCGCGUGCGGUCAGGUGACGCAGAGCAACGCGAACGCGGCGGCCGCGGCGGCCGCGGCGGCCGCCGCUUUCGGACAGACCUUCGCGAGCCAGAACUUCGCGAGCCAGAACUUCGCGAGCCAGAGCUUCGCGAGCCAGAACUUCGCGAGCCAGAACUUCCCGAGCCAGAGCUUCGGGAGCCAAAGCUUCGGGAGCCAAAGCUUCGCGAGCCAGGGAUUUGGGAGCCAAAGUUUCGGGAGCCAGUCAUUUGGGAGCCAAGCGUACGGGUACCAGGCGCCGGCACUGAGCCAGGCCUACGCCGGCCGGGCGUUUCCGAGCGCCAACCAAGCGUACGGCGGGCAGGCCUGUAACGCAGCGGCGGUGGCAGCGGCGCCGGCGCUGGGCGGGCAGUCAUCCGUGAGCCAGGGCCUGCUGCUGGGAGGCUUCGCGACGCAUGGGGCAGGGACGGCCCCGCUCUACGACCUCUACAGCAUGUACCAGCCCGCCGCCGCCGCCGCCGCCACCAGCGCCGCCGCACAGAUGCCCUAUUCAAGCUGCGAGCUCCCGCGUGCUGCCUGGUACAGCCAGUGCUCGGGGCCGGCCUUCAUCCACUGAGCUCGCAGCACGAGAAGCAGCAGCAGCAGCGUCCGGGCCCCGCACACCCCGAAGAUCGAGGUCAAGAGGUCAUCGUGAGUGGACUUGGUCAAACUUACCAAUGAAGAACCCUCCUGAAUGAGGUUUUUUUUUCUGGAUAAAUAAAUGACAUUUUCAGUAUUAUUAUUAUCAUCAUCAUCAUGGACAGUGACGUUGAAGCCACCGCACCUCGCCAAUGCGCAGUUCCGUCCGCCAAACACUGACAUUGCCGGCAGUCAGCCACGCGACCUCACAGCCACACCCAUCGCCACUGCUGUCUGAGUUUAGCUCUCCAGGUGGUGCCAACCCCCAAAUGGCACGAGUUACACCGAGCUGCAACCGAGACGUCGUUUUGCGCUCGUGAUUAUGUAUAACUCAACAUCAUCCCAGUGACGCAGCGGUGAUUGGGUGGCUUCGGAGGUGGGUGGGUGUUGGGGGGGGUGAUGAGUUUGUAUCGAACACGUCAAGAGCGCAGAGCUGCUCAAUUGCUGCUGACCUCUCGAGGUUGAAUCUCGGUUUGAGCCGCCCGCUGUUAAACGGGCAUUCCGAGACGUCAGCGGGUCGUAGGUCUCGCCCCACGCUCGUCGCCUACGACUUCACCAAAACAGUAGCCGUCGAGAUGAACGGUGGGGGUUGUUUCACCAUUCCCACGUGAGAAAAGAAUGUUGUGCAGUGAACACACUUGGGUCGAGGGUGUCAGCGGUGGAUCGUGUAGAUAGAAUCGGGAGGCAGCUCAGGUCACACUUUUGAGAUGAUGUAAAUC